GUACCUCUGCUUCCGGCUCGAAUUGCUCUACCCACGCCCGCCUUCAACAUGUCCGAGACUGCGCCCGCCGCGCCCGCUGCACCGGCCCCCGCCGAGAAGACGCCUGUGAAAAAGAAGGCCCGCAAGACCGCAGGUGCUGCGAAGCGCAAGGCUUCUGGUCCCCCGGUGUCCGAGCUCAUCACCAAGGCUGUCGCUGCCUCCAAGGAGCGCAGCGGCGUGUCUCUAGCUGCGCUCAAGAAGGCAUUGGCUGCUGCUGGCUAUGAUGUGGAGAAGAACAACAGCCGCAUCAAGCUGGGUCUCAAGAGCUUGGUGAGCAAGGGCACCCUAGUGCAGACCAAGGGCACUGGGGCUUCAGGCUCUUUCAAGCUCAACAAGAAGGCGGCCACUGGGGAAGCCAAGCCCAAAACCAAGAAAGCGGGUGCGGCCAAGCCCAAGAAGCCCGCAGGAGCAGCUAAGAAGCCGAAAAAGGCCACUGGGGCGGCAACCCCUAAGAAGAGCGCCAAGAAGACCCCAAAGAAGGCGAAGAAGCCUGCUGCGGCUGCAGGAGCCAAAAAAGCAAAGAGUCCGAAAAAAGCGAAAGCAGCCAAGCCGAAGAAGGCGCCCAAGAGUCCAGCGAAGGCCAAAGCGGUGAAACCCAAGGCGGCUAAACCAAAGACCGCCAAACCCAAGGCAGCCAAGCCAAAGAAGGCGGCGGCCAAGAAGAAAUAGGAAGUUCCUUUGGCCUCCGGCUUCGAAGCUCGACACAACCCAAAGGCUCUUUUCAGAGCCAC